AUGAAGUCUUCCGGCAUUAGUCUCGGAAUCGCGUCCGUUGUCUCGGUCCUGGCAGCCCCCAUGGACGGGGCCAAGGAGAAACGCGCUGGAAGGCUCGAGUUUGUAGGCGCAAACGAGAGUGGAGGCGAGUUUGGCCAGAAGACUCUGCCGGGACAGCUGGGAAAGGACUAUACAUGGCCCAACAAGACGGCCAUUGAUAUCCUGAGAUCCCAGGGGCUCAACACCUUUCGCAUCGGAACGAUGAUGGAGAGAAUCACCCCUGAUCAGUUGACGGGCAAGAUCAAUGAGGACUACUUCUCCGGUGUUGAAGAUGCACGUGUCAUCAACGACGUGACUUCCAAGGGAUCAUAUGCCAUCUUCGAUCCUCACAACUACGGCCGAUACUACGGCAACAUCAUUACCAGCCCCACCGACUUUGGCGCCUGGUGGAAGACGGUUGCCGCUCGUUUCAAGAACAACGAUAAGGUCAUCUUCGACACCAACAAUGAGUACCACGACAUGGACAACUCGCUGGUCAGGGAUCUCAACCAGGCCGCCAUUGACAACAUCCGUGCUGCAGGCGCGACGAAGCAGAUGAUUUGGAUCGAGGGCAACGCUUACUCGGGUGCCUGGCACUGGAGCGGCACCGGCGAUGCGCUCAAGAAUCUUAGUGACCCUACUGACGCUAGCGGCAAGCUCCUCUACUACGAAAUGCACCAGUACCUUGACUCGGACGGUUCGGGCACCAACGAGGCUUGUGUCAGCAGCACCGUCGGCGCCGAGCGUCUUGCCAUCGCCACCAAAUGGCUCAAGGACAACAACAAGCAGGGUGUCAUCGGGGAGAUUGGGGCUGGUGCCAACACGCAGUGCCAGGAGGCCGUCAAGGGCGCCUUGAAGCACCUCGCCGACAAUUCAGAGCAGUGGAAAGGAGUAGUCUGGUGGGCAGCGGGCCCAUGGUGGGCAGACUACAUUUAUAGCAUGGAGCCAGCCACUGGAAAGGCUUACGCAACAUACCUCCCGAUCCUCAAGACGUUUGCUUGA